CUCAUAGCUCUCAAUCCCAGUCUCAUACAAUUCUAUAGCAGUUCUCCGUCCGCUCUCACUUCUUUCGUCUCGUUACUCUCGUCACUCGCCUUUCAUCAUGUCGGGCUGCGGAAACGCUAACUGCAACUGCGGAGCCUCGUGCUCAGGAUGCAACUGCAAGAAGAACAUGGACGACUCCAUGAUCACCACCGGAUUUGAGUGCGACACUCCCGGAUGCGCCUGCAACUCCUGCUCCAACUGCGCACCCAGCUGCGGCUGCUCCUCAUGCUCAUGCAAGUGAAUGUGACUGCGUGACUUCGAAAAUGGCCGAGGGGACUGAUUGCAUUGAUCUGACAGAUGUGGAGGCCAGUCAAGGUCUCUCCUGAGACGGGAAUCGAUCUUUUAUGUCAUCUAGCCUCGGAAGCAGCAGCUCAGCAGUUGGAAUGAAACUUGUUCAGCGCAGUGUUUGUAAUAAAUGUAGUUCACGAUGACACCUCGCUUGUAAUGUCGUCUUUUCUACACAUUUGGUUCUUCGCUUCCAGUCUGCUGCUUGAAAACCUCUUUCAGGCUGAGACAUGAAGCGCUGCUUUGUGUAUGUGAAUAAAUUAUACUGACGCGUCUUAGACUACGAAUUCUCUCGAUUUUUCUCGAACAUUUUGUCUGUGCCAUAUUCUUAACGUCUGAAUACGCGGGACUCUAUUUCGGAACUUGAU